CUUCGUACAAAUUUCAGUCAGGUGAACGUGUUUCCUCCGCGGAUAGAACGUCCUCUUUGCAUAACCAUCAUAGAUCAUAAAGCUGUCUGCCUCGUCCUACUCCGGUAUCAAAGCUCGACUAAACCCUGCAGUAGCGCAGUAGGGUCGUACACGAACGUUCGCGGCAAACUCCGGGAGGAGGAGAUACUGGUUAUACUGGAAGGAUAAGCCUUUGAGAUCGUUACCUGCUCGUCAACCAUAAUACGUCCAGCCACGAGAAGAUUUCUGGGUUACACGGCGACAUGAGCCAUCCUUCAAAUCCGACGCCCUCCGAUUACCUCGCCCUGGCGUCUAAGACGCUCGAUCGUCAAGGGUCGAUACCGCGAGAAUCCUCCGAGAGGCUAGACGAGUCGUACGGCUACCUAUUUACCGGCCUCGCUCUCCUCUUGCCCGUUCUCCAGUCGCACACUCCUUCCGAUAACUGCUCUCAGCGGGACGAUGGUGCUGGCCGAUUUGGAGUUGGCGGGCUGGUCAUCGGCACAAGGAAGAAGAGGGACAAGAAGGGCAAGGGCAGAAUGGUAGAAGAACCGACGUGUAUGAAUCCCGGAUUGACGGGUGGAGACAUGGUCGUGCUGUUCCGACUUGUAUGCCUCCUCGCUCAAGAGUACCAAAGCCGCAAUAUCUCUCGGUUCGACGGAACUCUCUUCAGCUUAUCCCCUGCCAAACUCUACGCCCCGAUAACAACGACGAAUAGUUCCAAAUCGAUACAUUCGUGGUCACACGACCCCAUCCUACCUCUGAGCUCGUCGACAACCGAGACCGGGACAGGAACCGGGUUGACAGCCUUUCAGGUUGGAGCAGAGCUGGCGAAAGCCUUCAAGGUGGCCUUGGAACGGUUGAUGGACCUGGACAUCGCUUUCCCUUGUCUACAAGAAUCGAUCGAAGACGAGGUCGAGCUGCUAACAGGUCAAGCACACGAGGUCGAGCUCGAACGGGGAGACUUGGUCAAAGGUUGUCUGGCAUUGUGUCUCUACAUCCUCUGCAAAACUCAGCCCUCAUCAGACAUUUCGUUCUAUACGCUCCAGCUGCAAGAACUCUACCCAGUCUGCCUGAAAAGCGCAGAUACGAUCUUAGACUCGUUAUUCGCCGAGUCUCCGAUCGUGCAUCAAGAUUCUGGACCAUCUACCCCCGUUUCGCCAAUCUCGACCAAUCACCCUCGGCUACGAUAUCGGGCUCGGCAAGAUCCGGGCUCCCCUGCAUCUUCUUCCUCUCGUCUCCCUCGGAAUCAUCACCCCCACAAUCACAACGACCGGUCUAGUCUGGCCUCACGAACACACUCACAUUCUGCUGCGAGGAAACCCAUCUUCCUUCCCUCCCGUCCGAGCAUGAUCUCGAUGUUCUCCACCGAAUCUAACGGAACGACAGCCGGGCGGAGUUUCAUGUCCUACUCGGGCUCGAUCAGGUCGGUAACGACGAUGACGGCCCGGGACGGGUUCUUGACGAAGUCUACGGCUAGUCUUCCUCAACUCUCGCUCUCGCAGCAGGCGGUCCACGAAUCCGGAAGUAGGGAUCCUGAAUCAGAUUCCCAGCCCCGUCCCGAGUUUUCCACUUUGGGCCCUAGGAGGAACUCGAGAAUGAGGAGCAUGAUCGAUCUGCCCAAAGCGGGCAAGGCGAGCGGGUUGUCCAUCGCUGAAGAGAGGUUGAGGCGGUAUCAACGCAAUGCAGCUAUCGAGGCUCAAUAUGCAUCAGGUGGAUAUGGACAGCAUACAAGAGCUAGGACGACGACUGGAGCCCUAGAGACAACGCCUCUCAAUUCGGGCAAAACCGGGUCCGGGCCGGGGGAAAAGGGAUGGUUCUCGAGCUUCAAUUUUGGGACGAGGCGGUUUAACGGUCGGACAGGUUCGGAGAGACGGGCUGAUAGGGAGCACGUACGGCCGUUCACCAUGCCGUCAGAUGAAGAUGAACAUUUGUUGGUUCAUGAUGCUGUCGACAAGGAGGAGGAGGUGUUAGGGAAACGCUUUCCAAAUAAUCAGCCGGGUUUCAAGCAAGAUCUGGAGAGCGUCUACGAGAGCGAGCCGGGAUACAAACAGCCUCUACCGCAAACACCCGCCGCCACCCCUGCGUCGAACAGACAACUCCCUCUAGUCGUCUCUCCCUCCAGCUCUGAUCUGGCCACGAAUAACGACCUCGGACAGGAAGACGGAAAGUCUCCACGUCCGCUCGUACCGAAACGGGCACUCCGAGCGUUCGAGGAUGAAUCAGAUCCUCCUCUGGCGCCCAUGGACGCGAGGUUGUUGGAUGCCGAGAUGAAGAGCACCAUGACGCAAAAGGUCGUCUGUGCUGUAUGCCACGCCAAGGGCGUCAAUUUCCCUAGUUGUCGAAAGUGUGGCGAUACGUUCUGUUCGAGAGAAUGCCGGGUUGGGAUGGCGGCGGGAGGAGAUGGCAAGAAACACGUGUGCGGUCUCCUCGAAACACGCUUGCUAGCGAGGGCAGCUCAGUCUCCCAAUGGAAAUUUACUGCCGUCCCCGCCCACCGUGAAACCCGUCAAGAGGGUCCUGAUCACCUGAGAGAGCGUUGUGAACUUAUACCCUUAUACCUCAAACAAUCACGCAUUUAUCUGACGCCCGUCUGAAUGUCGGCUUUGUAUAUCUUGUAGCUUGUAUGCAUCGAAUACACGAACGCCCGUACCGCAGAUUCGCCG